AUGGGAGGAGAUGCAUCUUUGGAUGAAUCAGAUAGGCAAAAGUCAUAUGCAGAUCUAAAACGGAAAGACAUAGAAUAUGAAGUGGGCGAUAAAGUUUUCCUAAAAGUAUUACCAUGGAAGAAAGUGCUGAGGUUUGGGAAGAAGAGUAAGCUAAGCCCUAGGUAUAUUGGUCCAUACGAGGUCAUUGAGCAUGUGGGUCUGGUAGCCUACAGGCUAGCUUUAUCACAUGAGCUAGACAAGAUUCAUAACGUAUUCCAUGUUUUGAUGCUUAGAAGAUACAGAUCAGACCCUUCACAUGUCAUAUCGAGAGAGAACAUAGAUGUGCAAUUUGACUUGACAUAUGAAGAGGAAUCAAUAAGAGUCUUGGCACGAGAGGUUAAGGAAUCCGGAACAAAAGGAUUAUAUUGGUGA